UACUCGGUGUAGCGGGUGAUCUUCAGGAUGGCGACCCCUCUAACGGACCAGGAGAAGCGCAAGCAGAUCAGCAUCAGGGGGAUCGUAGGUGUGGAGAAUGUGGCGGAGCUGAAGAAGGGUUUUAACCGGCACCUGCACUUCACGCUCGUGAAAGACAGGAACGUCGCAACGCCGCGCGAUUAUUAUUUCGCGCUCGCGCACACGGUGCGUGAUCACCUGGUGGGCCGCUGGAUACGCACUCAGCAGUUCUACUAUGAAACCGACCCAAAGCGUGUAUAUUACCUGUCUUUGGAGUUCUACAUGGGUAGAGCUCUCCAGAACACCAUGAUUAACCUGGGCCUGCAGAAUGCCUGCGAUGAGGCUCUCUACCAGUUGGGGCUGGAUAUGGAGGAUCUGGAAGAGAUGGAAGAAGAUGCUGGAUUGGGCAACGGAGGCCUGGGAAGAUUAGCAGCUUGUUUUCUGGACUCCAUGGCGACUCUGGGUCUGGCUGCUUAUGGAUAUGGGAUCCGUUAUGAGUAUGGAAUCUUCAACCAGAAAAUCAAAGAUGGCUGGCAGGUUGAGGAGGCAGAUGAUUGGUUGAGGUACGGUAACCCUUGGGAAAAGGCCCGUCCUGAGUUCAUGCUGCCAGUACAUUUCUACGGCCGCUUAGAGGAGGGGGAGGGGGCGGAGCCAAAGUGGGUUGACACCCAGGUGGUUUUGGCUAUGCCGUAUGACACGCCAGUUCCUGGUUACAUGAACAACACCGUGAACACUAUGCGUCUUUGGUCCGCACGAGCACCCAAUGAUUUCAACCUGCGGGACUUUAAUGUAGGCGACUAUAUUCAGGCAGUUCUGGACCGUAACUUAGCAGAAAACAUUUCACGUGUGCUCUAUCCAAACGACAAUUUUUUUGAAGGGAAGGAGCUACGUUUGAAGCAGGAAUAUUUUGUGGUGGCUGCGACUUUGCAAGAUGUGAUUCGCCGCUUUAAGACUUCAAAGAGGAACUGCUCUGCACGGUUGUCAUUUGACAGCUUUCCUGAUAAGGUUGCCAUCCAGCUGAAUGAUACUCAUCCUGCUAUGGGCAUCCCUGAGCUGAUGAGGAUAUUUGUGGACAUUGAGAGACUGGAUUGGGACACAGCCUGGGAUAUUACUAAGCAAACAUUUGCCUACACCAACCACACAGUUCUGCCUGAGGCUCUGGAGCGCUGGCCGGUUGAACUGAUGGAGAAACUUUUACCCCGACACCUGCAGAUCAUUUACAAGAUCAACCAAACACACCUUGAUCAUAUAGCGUCUCUGUUUCCAGACGAUCUGGACCGAAUCUGCAGGAUGUCACUGAUCGAGGAGGGAGGAGGGAAGAGAGUGAACAUGGCUCAUCUCUGCAUCGUGGGAUCACACAAAGUGAAUGGAGUCGCAAAGAUUCACUCUGACAUCAUAAAAACAGAUGUAUUCCGAGACUUCAGUGAGUUGGAACCAGAGAAGUUUCAAAAUAAAACAAACGGCAUCACACCGCGACGCUGGCUGCUGCUCUGCAACCCUGGACUCGCUGAUCUGAUCGCAGAGGCUAUCGGUGAAGAUUACGUGAAAGAUCUGACUCAGCUGGAAAAGCUGAAUGAUCUGGUUGAUGAUGAUGCUUUUAUCAGAGAUUUAGCCAAAGUCAAACAGGAUAACAAGCUGAAAUUUGCACAUUACUUGGAGAAGCUGUACGACGUGGACAUAAAUCCUGCAUCCAUGUUUGACGUUCAUGUGAAAAGAAUUCAUGAAUACAAACGACAGCUUCUUAACUGCCUCCACGUCAUCACCAUGUAUAACCGCAUCAAGAGAAACCCCACCAAACCCUUUGUACCACGGACUGUGAUCAUCGGGGGCAAGGCUGCUCCUGGAUAUCACAUGGCAAAGAUGAUAAUUAAGUUGAUCACCUCUGUCGCUGAUGUCGUCAAUAACGAUCCUGUGAUUGGCCGUAAACUGAAGGUCAUUUACCUGGAGAACUACAGGGUGUCACUGGCAGAGAGGGUGAUCCCAGCUACUGACCUGUCAGAGCAGAUCUCCACUGCAGGAACGGAGGCGUCUGGAACAGGAAACAUGAAGUUCAUGUUGAAUGGGGCGCUGACUAUCGGCACUAUGGAUGGUGCCAACGUGGAGAUGGCAGAGGAAGCCGGAGAAGAAAACCUUUUCAUCUUUGGCAUGAGAGUGGAAGAUGUAGCAGAAAUGGAUAAAGAAGGCUAUGAUGCAUUAGAGUAUUAUGAGAGUCUUCCUGAGCUGAAACAGGCCAUAGAUCAAAUUAAAAGUGGCUAUUUUUCACCGAAACAGCCGGAGAUGUUCAACGACAUCAUCAACAUGCUGUUCCAUCAUGAUCGGUUUAAAGUUUUCGCAGAUUAUGAGUCUUAUGUCCAGUGCCAAGAUAGAGUCAGCGCUCUCUAUAAGGAUCAGAAACAAUGGACUCAGAUGGUAAUUAAGAACAUUGCAGCUUCUGGAAAGUUCUCCAGUGACCGUACCAUUACAGAGUACGCCACUGAGAUCUGGGGAGUGGAACCCACUGACCUGAAGAUUCCUCCACCCAGCGAACCACGCGAAGUUCUGGAGGAAACAGCUCGCGCCCUGCGCAAAAUCUAAACACAUAUAUGCAGAGUGCCAUAGGAUCACUUGUUACAGUUGUUACCAUGGCUACUUAUCAUAGUAUGAACCUAGUUUUCUAUUCUUUCUUAGUUAAACAGGUUCUUCAGUCCCUUAGUUUUUGCUUUCAAAACUAUUUUUUUUUUUUUUUUAUGAACUAAUGCCACAUUUAUCUUGCAAAUAUCUAAACUAAUGCAUUACUUGUAAAGAGCUAGAAUAAAUCUCGUGUUUUAAUGGA